CGCUUAUCAAUGCAUCAAGAGAAACAUAAAUCUCGUCAGCCUCAAUCACUCUAACACCUUCUAGUUCUCCUAUCCCAAGUUUUGUCUCCUGACCACAGACAGUACUUGGCGUUAACACGAACAACCCUUCAAGCUACCUACUCUAGAAGAGUACCUCAUAGUCAUCCUCACUCAACGCCCGGUAUGCUGCGAUAGAGGCCACAAUUCGACAUCGAGAUUGUGAAGGCCUUGCGACGAAUCAGCCAUCCGCCGCAUCUACUACAAUGGACCAUUCGGCUUCCAACCCUCUGCUGGGCACGUCUCCUGGGUCGUCUCGACUUGGGACCUCCGCGCCUCGUGCAUCAUCCACUGCCCGGCUUGCGUCGCCAGUUCCCUCGAGCCAUUUGUCUGGCACUCCUACACUGCGGCAAAUACCCGUAUCCGGCCAGGCAGGCACAGCAGGGGAUUCGUUAACGCCACUUGCUGGCGGCCCGACCGAGCACUCAUCCCUUACAGGCCCUGGAGUCUCUGCACUUGCUGCCGCCUUUUCGAGCUCUAUUGGCAAUUCCCCGCCUCGGUUUGGCACUGCACCGCUACGACCUUUGUCUCCUGGAACUGCGGGUGCGAAUUUGCAGGCCGCCGACCCACAGACCAACUACGGCUCAUUCACUCGCUCGAUACAAGGUGCUCACGCCUCUGGCUACCAAGGUACAACCGGACUUGAAGAUCCAGACAUUGUUCAAAGGCAUCUUGUUCAAUCCUCGGAAGUGCAAGAGAGUGAUGACGCUUCCAAUGGUGCGUCUGACACGCACCGUGAUACUUCUAAGACAAAGACGGACUUCGAUUCUAUUGCACCAGGUUUAGGCGCCAAUGAGUUUUCCAGCUUGCAGUUGCAAGGAGGAGAUAUUACUAGACCGAUAUACAAGUGGACUGAGGAGGCUAGAGCGCUUGGCCGAGGGCGUGGGAGGAGUCACAGCUUCAACCUCUCAAGGCCGCAUACAGACGACGAAGUGCUCGAUAUCAACUCGAUAAAAGUACCUGGUGGAAUGCGCCGGAAUUACCUACGAAGAGUCGCCGCAAGCCCCAGCCCUGAGAGAGAUGUAGAAGAAGGCGAAAGCAGUGGUUCGGCAAGAAACCCAAGGCAUGCAAAGCUGUUCACGAACAACUUCAUGGAAUUCCUAACGAUAUACGGCCACUUCGCUGGUGAAGAGCUCGAGGAAGACGACGAAGCAUUGGGGCCCAACGAGUACUUUGCCUCCGAUUCAUAUGAUGAGUUUUACGAUGAAGGGGAGGGUAGUGAAGGGGAGCGCAUGGAAAAUAGCGCUCUUCUUACCCCAGGCGCACGUAAGAAGAGGAGACGGAAGGACCGUGGUGGGAGCGGCCAAAAUGACUCUUGGGGAGCACUCCUGCUUCUGCUGAAGUCCUUCGUCGGCACUGGCGUGCUCUUCCUGCCGAAGGCCUACCUAAACGGCGGAAUGCUCUUCAGCAACGUGAUUCUUCUUUUUGUCGCAAUUAUCAGCUACUAUUGCUUUGUGCUCUUGGUCAAUACACGAUUGAAGAUAGAAGGGUCAUUUGGUGAUAUGGGCGGCAUCUUAUACGGGAAGUGGUUGCGAACAGCCAUCCUUGCAUCAAUCGUUAUCAGCCAGAUUGGAUUCGUCGCUGCAUAUAUCGUUUUUACCUCGGAGAACCUCCAAGCAUUUAUACUCGCCGUGUCAGACUGCAAAACGCAUAUCGAGAUCAAGUAUCUGAUCUUGAUGCAAAUGGCGAUAUUCCUGCCAUUUUCGUUGAUGAGAGACAUCAGCAAACUAGCAUUUACGGCCCUUGUCGCCGACGCCUUGAUUCUUCUUGGUUUGGCUUAUCUUUACUACUUCGACAUAUUCACUAUUGCUACGCAAGGAGUAGCUGAUAUCGUUAACUUCAAUCCGAAAGACUGGACUCUCUUCAUCGGAACCGCCAUUUUCACCUUUGAAGGGAUUGGUCUCAUCAUUCCCAUCCAAGAAUCGAUGCGCGAGCCACAAAAGUUCCCACGUGUCUUGGGCCUAGUAAUGGUUAUUAUUACCGUUAUCUUCCUAUCCAUGGGUGCGCUCUCUUAUGCCGCAUUCGGCUCUAAGACUGAAACCGUUGUCAUCCUCAACAUGCCGCAAGACGAUAAAUUCGUCAAUGCGGUGCAGUUCAUGUACAGCGUUGCGAUUCUGCUGUCAACGCCUCUCCAGAUCUUCCCAGCCAUCCGCAUCACCGAAACCGAGCUUUUCACGAGGAGCGGAAAGUACAAUCCAUAUAUCAAGUGGCAAAAGAAUGCCUUCCGCUUCUUCGUCGUGAUGCUCUGUGCUGCUAUUGCAUGGGGUGGUGCGGCAGAUUUGGACAAGUUUGUGGCCAUCGUUGGAAGCUUUGCUUGCGUGCCACUUGUUUAUAUUUAUCCUCCUAUGCUCCAUUACCGCGCCGUUGCAACGACUCGUUUCCGGAAGUUCUCCGAUAUUUUCCUUUGCGUCUGCGGCGCUAUAGUCAUGGUGUACACAACCUCGAUGACAAUUAUAAACUGGGCUGGGGGUGACAAGGUAGCCCCUGUACCGAAAUUUGUGACGGAAAGAGGGGAGUGUAAGUUUUAGGUAUACAGGAGAUCAUACCUAGACGAUUACGUAAUAUAGAUGGUCAUGUUCACGGAUCCUGUAGUACAUUUUCUUUCUUCUACUUGGUUAUGGUUACCUUCUAGAAUGCUUUGCAUAGCCUGCGUUUUAUUGUCAGCAUUUUGCCUUUGUCUCAUAUAUACACCCCAAAGUCGAAUUUAGAGCCUACAA